UUGGCAUUUUGAAAUAGACAGCCGUUAAAUCUAUAAUUUAAAAAAAUAUGAUCGGGGAAUUUUGUGGUUUAGUUUAAAAAUGUUUGUUAAAGCACCAGCCUUUUGAUAUCUUGGGUUUGAUCAAAAUAUAAGUUUUAAAUACGUCCGGUCCGCUUUCACGUACGGCAGCAAGUUUGAUAAAUAUAAUUCGCGCUGAAUAACAGGAAUUUCGAAGUUUUAAGGGCGUUUCACAAUGAGAGAAAUUUGUCAUAUUCAGGCCGGCCAAUGCGGCAAUCAAGUGGGAGCGAAAUUUUGGGAGGUUAUUUCUGACGAACACGGCAUCGACCCGACGGGAACCUACCACGGCGACAGCGACCUGCAGCUGGAGAGGAUAAACGUGUACUACAAUGAAGCGACUGGAGGUAAAUACGUACCGCGUGCCGUACUCGUGGACCUCGAGCCAGGUACCAUGGACUCGGCUCGUUCCGGUCCGUUCGGACAGAUCUUCAGGCCUGACAAUUUCGUGUUCGGUCAAUCGGGGGCCGGCAACAAUUGGGCGAAAGGCCAUUACACCGAAGGAGCAGAGUUGGUCGAUUCCGUGUUGGACGUCGUGAGGAAGGAAGCGGAGAGUUGCGAUUGUCUGCAGGGUUUUCAACUUACGCAUUCUUUGGGCGGUGGGACAGGCUCCGGGAUGGGCACAUUGAUCAUUUCCAAAAUCCGUGAAGAGUACCCCGACAGGAUCAUGAACACGUUCAGCAUCGUGCCCUCGCCGAAAGUGUCGGACACCGUCGUCGAACCUUACAACGCCACGCUCUCGGUCCACCAGCUGGUGGAAAACACGGACGAAACUUUCUGCAUCGACAACGAGGCUCUAUACGACAUCUGCUUUAGGACUUUGAAACUGACUACACCCACUUACGGCGACUUGAACCAUCUGGUCUCAGCGACCAUGUCCGGAGUCACUACUUGCCUUCGGUUCCCUGGCCAGCUGAAUUCAGAUUUGAGGAAACUGGCUGUGAACAUGGUCCCUUUUCCACGAUUGCACUUUUUCAUGCCCGGCUUCGCACCUCUGACUUCAAGGGGCUCGCAGCAAUAUCGUGCGCUCACUGUGCCCGAGUUGGUUCAGCAGAUGUUCGACGCUAAAAACAUGAUGGCGGCUUGCGAUCCGAGACACGGGCGUUACUUGACCGUCGCGGCCAUCUUCAGAGGGAGGAUGUCGAUGAAAGAGGUCGACGAACAGAUGUUGAACGUGCAAAAUAAAAAUUCGUCGUACUUCGUCGAAUGGAUUCCCAACAACUGCAAGACGGCCGUGUGCGACAUCCCUCCUCGUGGAUUGAAAAUGGCGUCGACGUUCAUCGGGAACACGACCGCCAUCCAAGAACUGUUCAAACGAGUCUCAGAACAGUUCACAUCCAUGUUCAGAAGAAAGGCCUUUUUGCAUUGGUACACGGGAGAAGGCAUGGACGAAAUGGAGUUCACCGAAGCCGAAUCCAACAUGAACGACUUAGUCUCCGAAUACCAGCAAUACCAAGACGCAACCGCAGAGGAGGCCGGCGAAUUCGAUGAAGACGAAGACAACGUUGAAGAAGUCUAAAUUGACGAUAUUGCUUUUUGAAUCAAAUUUUAUGUCGUACUGAAUGAAACAAAAAUUAAAAAUAAUAAACAUAAAUAAACCUUGACCUACACA